GGAGCAGGAGCAGAACCAAAAAACAACACAUCAUGUGACUCCUACAACACAUAUACCAAGAUCUAUGCCCCAGUUGUCAUUGACAGCAGUUGCUCUGAUGUUGAGGACGUAGAGAACUUUCAGGAGGAAGACAGAGACACUGAUAUUGGACUGACGGCUGCAGACAUUCUGUCAAAUCUGUCAUUCAACAUUAACACAAUGAGCUGUAGCAGGUUUAAUAUAAACCGUGCUAAUGUCUGGGAUGGUGCUCUGAGGGGAUUCAAACGUUCCUCAUUUGACCCCACCUGUAGCCUUUUGGUCAAAUUCACAGAUGACAUCGGGCAAACAGAGGAGGCUGUAGACACAGGAGGGCCUACGCGGGAAUUUCUUACACUCUUGAUGGACGCCAUUAAAACCAGUAGAUUUUUUGAAGGCAAAGAUGAUGGCAAAUACCUGUCAUUUGAUAGCAAAGCUGCAGAAGGUGAUGAGUAUUUCCAGGUUGGAAGAAUGGUUGCGGUCUCUAUUGUACAUGGUGGUCCAGGGCCUCGAUGCUUUUCCCCAAGCUUCUACCAUUACCUGGUUGGUAAAGUGAAGACCAUUGAGGCCCCAAUUGAGGAUAUACCUGAUACUGAAGUCAGGAAUGUUCUCCUUGAGAUUACGAAUGCUAGAACAUUGGAGGAACUCGUAGAACUCGCAGACAAGCACUCCAGCAUGGUUCAGACAGCAGGAUCCUAUCGAUGCCUGAGGACACUGGGGGAUAAGGAAAAAGUUGUGGAUGGUUACAUCCAGUGGUACUUCACCUACCGCAACCAUGUUUCCUUCCAGAGGUUCAAGGAUGGCCUGGCUACCCUCAACUUUUUCAACGCUCUGGAACAGCAUCCCUCCAUUUUCCUGCCCUACAUGUGUUACAGAGCGGAAGACCUGACAGCCGAGAUUGUUGAGUCACUGUUCCGUCCACAAUUGAGCCCAACUGGUAGCUCAAAUCGGCAUGAGGAGGAGAGAGUGCUUGGCUACUGGCUGGACUACUUAAUCGCUGUAAAAGAGGACGGGUCAGGGAUGUCUCUGCAGGACAUUCUAAUGUUUGCAACAGGCCUGAAAGAAAUCCCAGCAGCAAAAUUAAUACCACAGCCUCAACUCACAUUCCAGAAACACGCAAGGUUUCCUGAGGCUAAUGUCUGCGCUAACACAAUAAAACUCCCGAUCUUACCCUCAUAUGAAAUCUUUGAGGAAGCCAUGAAUUAUGGAAUCAAGAACGCCCCUGGAUUUGGGCUUCAUUGAGGUGUCAAUCAGAAAUUAACAUUCGUGGCAAAUUUGCAUUACUGUUGUUACUGUUUGCAUUGCACUUUACUGUUUGCACUUUUACAUUGUUUACAGAAAUCCAAUUAUUUUUUUAUAAGAAAAGUUGCACGUUUCUCUAUUUGGAAACUUUUUG